AUGGAAGGCACGUGUUCGGGACGGUACGGAUUUAUCGUCUGCAUCACGCACAUCGAGAACGUUUCGGAAGGGAUCAUCACCGACGACGGCACGGCUCGAGCAAAGUUCGCGGUGGAAUACGACUGCGUCGCGUACCGGCCAUUUAAGAACGAAGUGUUGGACGCGGUCGUGACGCAAGUGAAUAAGUUUGGUUUCUUCGCGGAAGCCGGGCCGUUGCAGUUGUUCGUGAGUAAUUCGUUGGUCCCGGACGACGUGAAAUACGUGACGGAUGAGAAUUGUUACAAGUCGGACGACGGGCAGAUUACGAUUGGGGUAGAUUGUGAAGUGAGGGUGAAGAUUGUCGGGAUGAGAAUAGACGCGAACGAUAUUUUCUGCAUAGCCACGAUUAAGGAGGAUUACUUGGGGUUGAUUGGUUACGCGGAGGGAGAUGCGGCGGUUGGCGCGGUAUAA